CUUGGGAUCACUUUGUUGCGACGCAAGCAAGCAGACUGGCACAAGAUGGCGCCCAGGUCGAGGUCCUCGCUGAUCUCCCAGCUCGCCGACUUCUCCAACGUUGCGCCGGAAGACAAGGACCCUCUGGCCGAUGAUGGAAUGGACGCCGACGGGCAUCGCUCAGGCUCAGAGCAAGGCGACGACACAGAUGGGGAAGGGGAGGACGAGCAUCGUGCACGAUCACACUAUGUUGAUGUGGGUCCGAGCCGACUGAGACACAAGGCAGAUGUGUCAGAGAGCGAUGUUCUGCGGACGGGGCGAUACGCUGGGCAAAAGGCUAGCGCAAAGGAAAUGAUGGGAUUGGGUAGUGACGACGAAGAGGACGAAGAGGGCGAAACAGAUCGGAGUCAAGGCGAUGAGGAGCGCAGCGAAGAUAGGUCGGAGGAUGGAGAGGACGAUUUGUUGGACGGAGAGGAUGGAGAUACUCAGACCGGGAGCGAAGAAGAGGACGAGGAGGAAGAUGAAGAUGAAGAUCUGGAAGAGGGGGAUGAAGAUGAAGACGACGAGGAGUCUCUUGAAGACGAGCAUGAGGAAGUCCAAAUAGGAAAUGCUGUCAAUGGGAAGACGCCAAGAACUGCGGCCCAGUCGGACAAGGAGCUGUUGAAGUCACUCCGACAGCGCAACGAAGAGGACGCGAGGCGAGGCAGAGAUGUGCGCAGGCAGCUGGACGCAUGGGGCAACGUUCUCGGGCUCCGUAUCCGCGCCCAAAAGAUCAUUCGCGCAGGUGGAAGGCUGCAGCCUUUCUUGGCGACGGCUUCUGCCGAGCGGCUGCCUGUCGAUGCGCAGCAAAGUAGGGAAACAGCGCUCGAGUCGCUGCACCAAAUUUCGCAGCACCUCUUCUCCGUCCAGCGAGACUUGCUCAAAUCGCUGCAAAAGACCACGGAUGAAGAUCUGGAUACCGAAGCUAUUGAGGUCAUUGAUGAGCAUCUCUCUGGUGCGAAACGGAAAAGGCAGGACGAGGCCGUCGACACGCUUCGUAAAGUCGACGAGGCAGCUUGGCCGCUGACCAGGGACAUCUUGGACAAGUGGAGCCUGCGAUCGAGCCUCGAAGGUCAUGCCGGUGCGGCCAGGAGAUCUAACAAGUUCGACACUGGCAGCCUCAAGGCGAUGAACCAGCGGGCGACGGACCAGAUCGAUGCGUUACUCAGCGGUGAUGGCAUGGAUCGACUCAGGAAGCGGACACGAGUGUGGCGAGGCACAGAUGCAGAGGGCAGGCUCAUUGGCUCGCAAGGACACCAAGAGGGCGAAAUCGACGACGGGGCCGAUGAGGGCAUCUUUGACGACUCCGACUUCUACCAAGCGCUGCUUCGAGAGCUCAUUGACACCAAGGCGGGCGAUGGAGGAGCAUCGGACCCGUCGUAUGCGUGGGCUGAUGCCGUAAAGAAGGCGUCGAAAAAGAACAAGAACGUAGACACGCGGGCUUCGAAAGGGCGUCGUCUCAGAUAUGAGGUACACGAGAAAGUGCAAAACUUCAUGCCGCCGAUUCCUCGGGAGACGUGGACGGACGAGCAGAUCGAUCGGCUGGUUCUUCAGCUGCGUGGCGAGGGUCAAGAAGUGCCCUCGGAGCAGGCUGCCCCACGGGCCGAGGUGGACCUGCAAAACUUCAAGCUGUUUGGGUAGCAUCCUUCUUCGCUACUACACUACACUUUGCAACAAUCCUGUAAUUUACCAUCAUUCAAUUCCAG